CCCGAGAUCAGAAAAUAGACCAUCAUGGCGGGCGCAAAGAGUCCUACAGAUGACUGGGCUCUGGGGCUUUUCUCCCGUAAGGCACCGAAAAGUCUGCAGCAAAUAAUCUCUCCCUUUCCAUGGACCCCUCUCCUCUUCCUUCUCAUGGGUCUAGGAGCCUCUGGAGAAAAUUCAUCUUCAAAAGUGGUAUCAGGACUCCUAGGGGGUUCUGUGACUUUCUCCUUAAAUAUCUCAGGAGACCCAGAGAUUGAGCAUGUCACCUGGAUUAGUGACCAAAAUGCUCUGGCUUUUGUGAGGCCCAACGGAGAUGUAAUUAUUAUGGCCAAAAGCUACCAGGGCCGACUAAGUGUUAUGGGCUCGAGCUACUCCCUGUGCAUCAGCAACCUGGCCCUGACAGAUGCAGGACCCUACAAAGCCCAGAUAAACCAAAAGAAUUCUAACGUCACCAUUAACGAGGCAUUCACCCUGCACGUCUAUGAGAAACUACAGGAGCCCCAAGUCACCUUGGAGUCUGUGGAGGUGUCUGAGAAUACCUUCUGUAACAUCACCCUAAAGUGCUCUGUGAAGGGGGCAGGAAAAGACAUUCAUUACAACUGGACUUCGAGGAACUUCCAUGCUUCUGAGAGCUACGAGGGCUCCAUUCUUACCAUCUCCCGAACACCCUGUGACCCAGACCUGCCAUACACCUGCACAGCCUGGAACCCAGUCAGCCAGAGUAGCUCCCAGCCUAUCCGUGCCUGGAAAUUCUGUGCAGAUCCAGGAGCCUCCAGAGGAAGAACAAUGGGAAAGACCAUGGUGGGGACCCUGGGAGAGCCUAUCACCCUGCCCCUGGCACUCUCGGUCAGUCAGAAAGGAGAGCAUGUCGUCUGGAUAUUUAAUUCAUCUAUAAUCAGAAGACAGUGGGAAGAAGCAACCAUAGCAGACCCACUCAUUAAAUCCACGGAUCCUGACAAGAACAGAAUGUGGGUGUCCAGACAGGACAACUCCCUGAAGAUCAGCAGGCUGAUGAUGGAGGAUGCUGGCCACUAUCAUGCCUAUGUGUGCUCAGAGACCUCCAUGAUCACCAGCAUGAAGCAUGUCACCCUUCUCAUCUACCGAAGGCUUAAAAAGCCAAACAUCACCUGGAAGCUUGGGAACUCUGAGGACGGCAUCUGCAGAGUCAGCCUGACCUGCUCAGUGGAGGAGGGUGAAAACGUGACUUACACAUGGACUCCCCUACAGAAAGGAGCUGUCAUGUCCCAAGGGGGAUCAUGCCUCAAUGUUUCCUGGAAAAGUGUUGAAAAUCACCCCAACUUCACAUGCACAGCCAGUAAUCCUGUCACCAACAUUUCCACCGAGUUUCUUUCCAGAAGCGUCUGUUCAGGACUUAAGAGAAACUCGAAGCUUUGGAUUGGACUCCCUUUGGUGCUUUUUGGCCUUCCGUUCUGUGGGGUCUUCAGCUGGUUCAUCUGGAAGAAAAAGCAACAUUGUGCAGCCCUAGUCUUCAGUUCGAGCCAAGCUGAUGUCCCAGCCAACACUCCAGAACCCACAGCUGGCCACAUGCUAUACAGCAAGCAUUCCCAUAGGUAUGAGAAGUUGGACAUGCCCCUUGAUACUGCCAGGCAACAGCCUAGGCCUACCUCAUACAGCAGCACUGAGAGCAAUGUCACAGCUGAAGAGGAUGAGGAGAGAACUGAAACGAACAAGCCCACCAGUGGAAGAGAUGAGAUAUAUGACAUGGUUCCUCAGGAAGACAUUGGACAUGACUCUGAGGGGCGAGCAGAGUAUAAUCUCAUCACUCCAAGUGGCCCAGUGGUUGACGGGGACACAGUGUAUACACAAGUAUUUCUCAAUUUUCAGGCAAAGACCCCUGUUCCUCCAAGGAAAGAGGAAUCGGCCACAAUCUACUGCUCUAUACAGAAACCAAGCAUGGUGACACCCACACCACGCCAGAAUGAUCAUGAGUCUUCUGAAAUACCUACCUAUGAAAAUUUUACCUGAAAAGAAAAGCAGCUGCUACCUCUCUCCUAGGGCCCUGGGGUUGGAGAGGCAGCAGGACCUCUUAGGGCCUGAGGCUGCUGCAGACAGAACUGCAUCAGAACUCCCUUCAUUUCUGGGAGAUGCCUGGAUUUGACACUCGCAAACCCAUUUAUUGUUCAGACAUGGGCUCUUUCUUGAAGCAUAUGAACUUCAGAUGUGCUUACGUUGUCUCCUUGCAUGCUUGGGCUGUUUCCACCUCUCGUCCCAGACAUGCUGCCUCAGAACUCUCCAAACCUGGUCAAAUUCAUUGAAAGGGACCUGGACUAAUCAACUUUCACAUCGUCCUCUAAACAGCUGCUAAAAUGAGUUCCGCAGAUAUCCUCACACAUGGACACAAAGAUCUCUGAGAGACGAUGCUCACUGCAAUGGUAUUUAAAAUAAACAGUGGGGUGGCCAGCAGGUGGCAUGGUGGUUAUGAUGCUGGGUUCCCACAUUAUGACUAUGGUUUAAGCCCUAGCCUGGUAGCUUCCUGUUUCUCUCUCUCUCUCUCUCUCUCUCUCUCUCUCUCUCUCUCUCUGUGUGUGUGUGUGUGUGUGUGUGUAUGUGUGUCUCUCUCUGGUGAACACAAGUGCCCUAUAACAAACUU